CCACCCCCUUCAUCGCUUCGACCCGAGAGCCAAACAGCGAGAUGCGAACAAGACCGGCGCGAUGAAGAUCCAGCGCAAAAAACCGAUCGCCUUUCUGCUGAUCGUUGCGUUCGGCGUCCUGUUCUUCUGCAGCGACAACCUGUAUCUGUUUCACAUGGCGAAGGUGCGCCGCAAAGUGGUGGAACAGGAGCAGAAUCUCACCGUCGGGCUGGAGGUGGUGCAAAGGCUCUGGCAGGCCUGGGCCGUGCCGGAACCGUCGCCCCUGCAGGCCGGGGGCGGUGGUCCAGUUUUCGCGACCACGGCGGCACCGUUCGAGCAGCAUCACUUCAACCGCACGGUUAGCGACCGGCUCGGCAUCAGUCGACCCAUUCCAGAUACGCGCCAUCCAAAUUGUUUACAGCGCACCUACCUCACGACGCCAGGGCGUACCACAUCUGUGAUAAUAACUUUCCAUAACGAGGCGAUCUCAACGCUUCUGCGAACGAUUGGCAGCAUUCUGCAGCGCACUCCGCUGGAUAUGUUGCACGAAAUAAUUCUAAUUGAUGACUGCAGCACUAACCACGAAGACGACGCCCAGCAGCAUCCUGCAAAAGACGAUCGAAGAGAACAACGUACGCUGCGAUAUUAUGAAUUACUUGCUCAAAUUCCACUCGUUCGUUAUUACCGGAACACAGUGCGACAAGGAUUGAUACGUUCCAGAAACAUUGGCGCAACGUAUGCAAGUGGAAGUUUCGUGCUCUUCCUGGACAGUCACUGUGAGGUGAAUCGGGGAUGGCUGGAACCGCUGCACGAUCGGUUAGCGAUCGACCCGACGGCAAUACUUAGUCCGGUGAUAGACAUCAUCGAUCCGCACACCUUCGAGUAUCGGGCCAACAGUGCCCGGUUGCGGGGCGGCUUCGACUGGAGCCUUCACUUUCGCUGGUUACCGAUCGCGGAGGAGGAGUUUGAGCAUCGCCGCCAUGAUGAGUCGCUACCCUUCUACAGUCCUGCCAUCUCCGGUGGGAUAUUCAUCGUGGCGAAGAGUCUGUUCCAGCAGUUGGGUGGAUUCGACCCGGGGAUGGACAUUUGGGGUGGCGAAUCGCUCGAGAUGUCCCUGAAGGCGUGGAUGUGCGGGGCGCACGUGGAGGUAGUACCGUGUUCACGCAUCGGGCACGUGUUCCGCCGAAAGCAUCCGUUCAGUUUUCAGCCGGACGGUAGCCAUUUGACGUACCUACGCAACACGAAGCGUGUGGCCCUUGUCUGGAUGGAUGAGUUUAAGAACUUUUUCUACGAAACUCGCCCGGAAGCAGUAGCGGUCGAUGCUGGAUCGAUCACCGAACAGCAGGAGCUGCGCCGUUCACUAAACUGUCGCAAAUUCAGCUGGUAUUUGCAGAACGUCUUCCUCGAUUUGCGCCUACCGAACGAGAACAACGUUGCGUUCGGUCAGCUGCGACACGGUGAACGCUGUCUCGCCCUAAAACCAAAGAGAAGCCUAGUCCCGGCCAGAACGCGUAAGCGCGUAGCCGAGAAUGACGUCACGCUGCUGGAGUGCGUAUCGCGCGAACCGGACGGCAACGAAGGCCAGAUGCAUUGGGCGCUGCAUAAAACCACCGGUCAAUUGCGCACGGAACGGACGAUUUGUCUCACUGUGCGCAAUGGUUUUGUACUGACUGAACGAUGUCGCCAGAAGAGCACCGUUGCUCCAGCGGGCGAGAAUAGUGGUGGACAGCGAUGGCAGCGAAAGGGUGGUACGCUUAUACACGAGGCUAGCGGCAUGUGUUUGGAAAGUCUCGUAAGGGAAGAUGUGGGCGCAUCGGAGUGCCGCCGUGGUGCGCCAUCGCAGCUGUGGAGUUUCUCCGUGGAAGUGCAGCAGCUCAUGUAGAUGUGGUUUGGGGCGUGAGGCGAAAAUAUACAACGCGUUACUUAAAA